AUGCUUCUUGCGAACAAUAGAGCAGUGAUGAUCGUGACAAAUCCACAUCACAGUAAGCAACUCUGCUCACGUUUUAUGGCCACCCGACCGAUUUCCGAAGACGAUGCUGAAAUGAAGAAGGCGCUGGCUACGGGAGGAGUCAAGGAAGCAAAAGGGUCCCCCAUACCACCUAUCCUCUGCUACUGCGUAGCCUCGAUUAUGAUGACCUUGGUCAACAAGUUCGUCGUUUCCGGUGCCCAGUUUUCGAUGAACUUCCUUCUUCUAUGCAUACAAUCGAUUGUCUGCGUAAGCUGCGUCAUGGUCCUCAAGAAGAUGGGGAUCAUCUCGUUUCGCACAUUCGAUAUGCAAGACGCCAAGGCAUGGCUCCCAGUCAGCUCGCUGCUUGUUGCUGUGAUAUACACGGGCUCCAAAAGUUUGCAAUAUUUGUCGAUUCCCGUCUACACAAUCUUCAAGAAUUUGACGAUCAUUCUCAUUGCCUACGGCGAAGUAAUCUGGUUCGGCGGUCGUGUGACCCGACUCACAUUCAUAUCAUUCAUUUUCAUGGUUUUGUCUUCUGUGAUUGCGACCUGGGCAGAUAUGGCCGACUCGCUCGAUGAAACUGUGACCAUCCCCACUGCCGCAUCUCUUUCUGCGGUCAAGCAGGUUGUGAGCAGCCUCAACAUAGGCUAUUUUUGGAUGCUCUCCAACUGUUUGGUGAGCGCAGGAUAUGUAGCACAGGUUCUCGCCAUGCGGGAUCGGAUUAAAGCCACAGGGUUUUCCGAUUGGGAUUCCAUGCGAUAUAACAAUCUACUCUCCAUUCCAGUCCUUGCGGUAGCGUCUUUCCUUGUCGAAGACUGGGGCUCUCAAAAUCUAGCUCGCAAUUUCCCUGUGGAAACGCGUCAGGUUCUUCUCGGCGCGAUCGUUUUUUCCGGUGCUGCUGCGGUCGGCAUCUCCUUCACGACUGCAUGGUGCGUUAGAACGACCAGCAGUACUACUUACAGCAUGGUCGGGGCAUUGAAUAAGUUACCCGUUGCAGCGUCAGGCUUGAUUUUCUUUGGAGAUCCAGUAACAUUUGGGUCAGUGUCUGCGAUUGCUGUCGGCUCCCUGGCAGGAAUGUUGUAUGCAGUCGCAAAAAACAACCAGAAGGGCGCGCAAACAAGAGCGCAGACCGAGACAAUCAUACCAUUGGUGGCAAAAAAGUAG